UGGUGACCGUGACGGCUGGUAGGCGUAGUGACACAUUUAUUUUUUUAGUUUGAUUGCAACGACAUGGCCUGCGUAAAUUGUGAGGGUCUUACCUUCUUCCUAACAUACUCGAUAUUCUCAGCGGUGCUGGGCAUGUUGCAGUUCGGUUACAAUACCGGUGUGAUAAAUGCGCCCGAAAAGAAUAUUGAGAAUUUCAUGAAGGAUGUAUACAAGGAUCGCUAUGGUGAGGAUAUUAGCGAGGAGUUCAUACAACAGCUGUACUCGGUGGCGGUGUCGAUAUUCGCCAUUGGCGGCAUGUUGGGUGGUUUCAGCGGCGGUUGGAUGGCCAAUCGCUUCGGCAGAAAAGGCGGAUUAUUAUUAAAUAAUGUACUUGGCAUAUCGGGUGCUUGUCUAAUGGGUUUUACCAAAGUUAGUCAUUCCUAUGAAAUGUUAUUCCUUGGCCGAUUUAUUAUUGGUGUUAAUUGCGGUCUUAAUACAUCAUUGGUGCCAAUGUACAUCUCCGAAAUAGCGCCACUGAACUUACGCGGUGGAUUAGGUACUGUAAAUCAAUUGGCUGUGACAAUAGGUUUACUACUAUCCCAAGUGUUGGGAAUCGAACAAAUUUUAGGAACUAAUGAAGGCUGGCCAGUUUUACUUGGUCUAGCCAUAUGUCCAGCAAUAUUGCAAUUAAUAUUACUGCCGGUAUGCCCGGAAUCGCCCAGAUAUCUGCUUAUAACGAAACAAUGGGAGGAGGAAGCCCGAAGAGCGUUACGACGACUACGUGCCUCUAGUUCGGUUGAGGAAGACAUCGAAGAGAUGCGCGCCGAAGAACGCGCUCAACAAUCCGAAAGCCACAUCUCCACCAUGGAGCUCAUCUGCUCGCCCACACUGCGGCCGCCAUUGAUUAUCGGCAUUGUUAUGCAGCUGAGUCAGCAAUUUAGCGGUAUCAAUGCGGUACUUUACUACUCGACAUCGCUAUUCAUGAGCUCCGGCCUGACGGAGGAGAGCGCCAAAUUCUCAACGAUAGGCAUCGGCGCCAUAAUGCUGCUAAUGACGCUCGUCUCAAUACCGUUAAUGGAUCGUACCGGUCGUCGAACACUCCAUCUAUACGGUUUAGGUGGCAUGUUCAUAUUCUCGAUAUUCAUAACGAUUUCAUUUUUAAUUAAGGAAAUGAUCGAUUGGAUGUCGUAUCUGUCGGUGGUGUCAACGCUCGGCUUUGUCGUCUUCUUCGCUGUGGGACCCGGCUCCAUACCGUGGAUGAUCACGGCGGAAUUGUUCUCGCAAGGCCCAAGACCCAGCGCGAUGGCGAUCGCUGUACUAGUCAAUUGGAUGGCGAACUUUGUUGUCGGCAUUGGUUUCCCCAGUAUGAAGGCUGAAUUGGAGAAUUACACAUUCUUACCGUUUAGCGUCUUCUUAGCUAUAUUUUGGAUAUUCACCUACAAGAAGGUUCCUGAGACUAAGAAUAAGACAUUCGAGGAGAUAUGCGCACUGUUCCGCCACGGAAAUGGAAGGAGUAUGCUAAACUGCACAAAUAGCUUGGAGCCACAAAGUAUGAAUUCUGGCAUCGAACAUGCCGCAUUGAUGGUAUCUGAGGAAAAGACCCAACAUGACUCACCUGCAUCCGAGCGUUGUUUAGAAGGCGGCCGAAAUACACUCCAGGGCCGGAGCGGUGCCUCUGCGCCCCAUCACCAUCGUCAGCAAAUACCUGUCUGCCCGAACAGCGGGCCUUGACUGAGGAACGCCUCACCUCCUGAAACUGCCAGUGUACAUUCAACGAAUGCUGAACAACACCAAUACCCACAUCAACAACAACAACACCCAACACAAUCGAAAACACCACGCCAACAGCAACAGCAGCUGUCACAACAACAUCAUCACGUACAUUGUAGCUAUGAUAAGGAUAUUGUAUGUGACGACACGCAAGCGCACCUGCAGCAAUUGCAACAGCAACAGCAGCAACAACAACAGCACGGCGAUCAGCCACCGACGCCACACCGCCACCAAGCGCAACGCAAGCACAGCCACAGUCCACACCAUAGUCGCCACACAUCGCCACACAGUCAUCACUCGCACAGCCAGCACUCAUCACCGCAUCAAUCGCAUCAUCACAUGCACGAAACCGAUUCGCUGCCCGAACCGCGUUCCACAAAUCGACAUCACAGCCACACACAUGGCAGCAGCUGCACACGACGUCAUCGCUCAGCCACAGAUAUAUCCAGCACCUCGCUGAACACGUGCCACGAUCCAACCUGUGUGGAUCGUGAGGUGCAAGAGAUCUUGGUGCGCAAGACCUGUUGCAACUCUUCGCGCACUGAGCUCGCGCAAUAUUUCGCAGAGGAUCUCUAUGGUUCCACACGUCGGCCUUCGUCGUGUUGCACAUCUUCGGAUUAUUGCUAUCAGACCGAUUCGACUAGUCUGUAUGGCUCACGUUCAUCGCUCAGUCGCAAUAACUCCAUUAAGUCGGCAUCGGUUGCGCUGCGUAAACGUCGUUUGCACCAGCGUCAACCUAGUUACACAUCGAUUUCAUUGCGUGGCUUAAACGCUGGCCGUCCAAGCAGUCAGCCCGGCUCGCUAACUUCCGUUUUUGAUCGUGCCAAACAGAUGGGUAUCGAUGCCGCCGAUUUGGACAAACGCGGUAGUGGCGGUAAAAUUGUGGUUUCGCCGUCAAAAGUGACCAUCGAACGACAAACAUCAAAGGAUGCGUUGAGCAAUGAUCUGCCCGAAUAUGCGUGCUCGCCAUCACCAAUACGUUGGAGCUUCCUAGCCGAUGGUAAAUCCCCUACUGAAUUCGAACGCGCAAUGAGCGAGAUGGACAACAAAGAUCCUUGGGCAUCGGCGGAUGAGCAAACACGUGUGCCACGCGAGCCAAAGCCAACUAAGUGUGAGCACCGCAGCGAACAUCGCAGCGAGCAUCGUUCGUACACCAUGCAGCACAGCAGCCGCAAACACACGCACGAUGAGCGCCCAAGCACUUCGGCAGCAGCGGCGGCGCGCAAAUGUCGCGAAAGCCCAAUGAACUGUGAUUUUGAGGAGACAUCAACCACGGUGCUUUUCCAUCAGGAGGCAGACUCCUACAAUAACUGUUGCAAUAACUACAUCCAAUGUAACACCUACCUCGAUCAAGAUCUGCAGAUCACCAGCGAAGACAUACAUCAAUAUCUCUCGAAGGGCAAUCAACAGUCCAACGAUGUGUUGAACAAUUCUAAAAACUAUCCAUUCCAACCAAGCAAUGCCUUGGAAUUCCAGUAUAAAAACAAUUUCGCCAACAAUAAUACCGGAGCUGCCUCCUCGGAGGGUGGUGACAGCGUACGCGGCUAUGAAUUCUGCUUUCGACGUAACUCCAGCAAAGAGACAAAUCUAAAUCAGAACUCUAACGCUGCUGCUGGCACAGCCAUUGGCGAAUCUGAGGGCGCCACAGCUUGUGCCGCAUCCUCAUGCAGCAGCACCCCGCUUUCACCGACCAACAUCAACCUCUCGUCUAGCACGAAUAAUAUUAAUAUCGUCUUCGGCAACUACAGCGAACGCAACGCCAACGAAGUCAAAUUCAUUAACACCACACGCGGUGGUGAUACAGUAGCGGUCUCAAGCGAAGCGCAUCACAGCGGCUACUUGCCAUACACCUACCCAAGUUACGACUACACAAACAUGUCGGCAAACUCACAGUUUGACAAGCCGCUAGGCAUUGGUGAGCUACCCAAAGACUUCACUAGCAUGGUCGGUAGUGUUGCUGCUGCCGAGGAGGAAGGCGCAAUUGGUGGUUGCUCUAGCGCCACUUGUGGCUCGCCAACGAUCACCGCCACAAGCGAUGAUCAUCACUCAUCCCUACUGCAAUCGCCUGUACCGACUGGUGUCUCUUUCGAAUCAUUCGAUGCGGCUUCCGAUCACAAUUUGAUAUCGUGUCGUGGCAGCUGUCAAUUCUCACCAACACCACGUUCACCACUAUCGCCGGCAUCGCCAGCCUCCUCACCAUGUUUGUCGGCCUCCAUCAAUCCGGCGGCCGCUUCCUAUGUGAACGCACAUCAUCCAUAUUUUCAUUAUCAGGCGCAUGGCGCCGAUCAACAGCACUCACCCAAUAGCGGUUCACAUCAUCAUUAUCACAAUCACCAGCAAUAUCAUCAUCAUCAACAUCAGCAUUUCACCGAAAGCUUUAAGAUCAGCAAUGCUUUCAAAAAGGUGCGCAAGCGUGCACGCAAAUAUACCGAAUUCCUGCGCAAGAAGUGAGCUAGCCGAUCGAACGACCCAACCGAUCGAUUUG